UAUUUGUUUUGUCUGUAAUUUUACAGUAGAUUUUUCUAGGUCCUGGUUUGGCUGAAAAACUGUUGGCAAAAGGAAGAACUAGAGUUUGGGGACGCAACAUGAAUCUGGUCAUUUUGUUCUUUCUGAAGUAGUAUUCCAAGAUCUUGUGGUACAUUUAUAUAUAUUCGCUUCUUAAUCGAACAUUUUGAAAGAAAAAGAUGGCAGUGACUAUUUACUGGGGGACCUGAAUGAGAUAUCAGUCUCAACAACUGCCUGUACAGAGAGAUGUGGUAAUGAUUAAGCCAUGGAGGGACCUGAAUAAGGUUAUCUAUCUCAAUAGACUACGCGUAUGGACUAGAACUUUAUUGCUUUUUAUUGGAUUAAGUUGCCUUUUCCCUUUAACCCCAUCAUAUGUUUUGAUAUACAUGAAGUAGUAACUAUGAGUAUUCAUUGUGAGGGUUCAAAGACCUCUAACCACAACCCCGGAUCAAGGUUUCAAAGUUAGCUAUUGUUGACUCCACUAAACUCUUGUUGCUGAUGUUUUGGCUGCAUCAUUUCAACCAUUAUAGUGCUCUAUGAAAUCUCAUUCAUGAAAAAUAAAUGAUUAAAUUCAUUCCCUUAUUGUGUGCUAUCUCAAGUCUCAAGUCCUCAGGACAAGAUGAGGAUCAAUUGGUUCCGCCUAAUACAGCCAAAAGCAAUGUUUACUUGUCAAGUUCCAUGGAAAAAGCAAGCAAGGAUGAGUUUGGAUUUCUGGUUGGUGAAGUAUCGUCUUUGAUGAGAACAUGUGUCCUCGAGGAUGUUGAGAUGCUUUUCUGAUGAGCUCUCCCCCCUAUAUAUAGAGCUGGUGAUUAGAAACUUAGAAGGAAAGGAAGACUAACACAAAAACAAAAAGAGAACAAUGUCUGAUGCGCAUUUUUGGCUUUCAGAUGGUAAGAUCCCGUAAGGGUUUGGAUUACUACCAUGAAAGAAUCAGAAUAUUGCUAGGUUGAGAAACUCUCUUCUGUUGGGAUAUGGGGCUGGCAGAAGCUUGUGAAUAAAAUUUGAGUUUUUUU